ACACCCCUUUGCCAUGUCGAUUACCCUGAAGCAAGUCUUCAACAAAGACAAGACUUUCCGGCCCAAACGCAAGUUUGAGCCAGGCACGCAGCGUUUCGAGCUGCACAAGAAGGCCCAGGCCUCACUGAACUCGGGGGUGGACGUCAAGGCGGCUGUUCAGCUGCCCCAUGGGGAGGACCUCAACGACUGGGUGGCUGUGCACGUGGUGGACUUCUUCAACCGCAUCAACCUGAUCUAUGGAACCAUCUGCGAGUUCUGCACAGAGAAGAGUUGCCCCGUCAUGUCAGGGGGGCCCAGGUACGAAUACCGGUGGCAGGAUGACCUGAAGUACAAGAAGCCCACUGCUCUGCCGGCCCCACAGUACAUGAAUCUCCUCAUGGACUGGAUUGAGGUGCAGAUCAACAAUGAGGAGAUCUUUCCCACUAGCAUAGGCAUUCCUUUUCCAAAGAAUUUCAUUCAGAUCUGCAAGAAGAUCGUGUGCCGACUUUUCCGGGUCUUCGUUCACGUCUACAUACACCAUUUUGACCGCAUCAUUCUCAUGGGUGCAGAGGCACACGUCAACACCUGUUACAAGCACUUUUAUUACUUUGGGACCGAACUCAACCUUAUAGACCGAAAGGAGUUAGAACCCUUGAAAGAGAUGACAUUGAGGAUGUGUCACUGAAGGCCUGCUUGUGAAUAAAAGACAAUGAAAUUGAAACAUUCCACCUUUAUGCAGAGGUGAACUAACCUUCUGACGUAGUGAGAGAGAGAGAGAGAGAGAGAGAGAGAGAGAGAGAGAGAGAGAGAGAGAGAGAGAGAGAGAGAGAGAUCCCACUACACUGUUCCAUCCAACAUUCCGUCUACAACAAUACCAGCGGAAGCAUUUAGAAAGAGCAGCAGAAUUUAUGCACUGUGCUUUAUGGCUACACCUAAGAAAGAGAUGCAGGUACCACAAAGAGACCAAGUCUGUGUCUUAGCUGUAUAUCAAACAUAUUUCAUGGUCUCUUACCUCCAAUCCAAUCAAUGCCUUGUUGACUCUGGGACACAUGUGCCUUGCAAAUAGCAGGACCAGCAGGUUUAGCAGAGAUACUCUUCCUCCCAUUCAUUUUUUAAAGUGUAAUACUGAACAGGCCCACUGCAUUCAACUGGUUACAUGCAAGAUAUUAUGAAAUACAGUAUGUUACCUAGGAAUGAAAAUCUACCUUCCUAGAAGGACCUAGGGGUAAUUUUGACCUUUACUGUGUUUUCUAUGUUAUAGUUGCCAGUGGUGUGAUUAAAACACCAUUAGCAUUUUUGAUAAUAUAGUUUUCUACUACUGACAUUGCCUGAAUUAUUUGAAUUAUUUUAAGGCAAAAAAGACUAGAAAAAUAAGAACACACACACACAUAUAUAUAUACAAAACAUGUACGUUUACCAAAUUAUUGUGUAUGUGGCGUAGUCCUGGGCAAGGCUGUUGUGCAUUUUUGGAUUAGUAGGCCCAGACACAGGAACUGCAGUUCAAGCGCUUCUAUAAUAAACAAAACAAACACAGGAACAAAAUAAAGGUUUAAACAAAACACUACAAACAAAACUCAUUCAAAGACAAGAAUGCUAUGAGGGGUCAAAAUUACCCCUUGGUCCUUCUAGGUAGAUGUGUGUGUUUCUUCCAAAAAAAAGAAAGUGCUUUGAGUAUAACCUCAUAUAAAACUAUAAGCUAAAGAUAAAUGUAACAGAGUAGGAGAAAAGGUGUCAAAAUGACCCCUCGGUUGUUCUAGCUUUGAGGAACAUUGGCAUAUAUGCUGUCCAAAUAAUGGCUCUGCAACACUGCAUUUUGCUUUCUGUACAGUUAGGAUACAAAUACAUACAGUACGUUUCCUUUAAAGUAGCACCACCUACUGGGAGAAACUCAUUAGGUAUAUUUUUUCUCUUAGAAUAAAUAUGAACUGUAAUAGAAGUGUUACUUGAGAUUACUUCUGAGUUUUAUAUACACAACGGGUGUCAACCAGAUAUGAAAUAUCAACUAGGAGAUAAAAAACAAACUUUCUGUGGUACCGUACUUUUUUUGACACCUUCACAUAGCUUUAAAACUCAGUAAUAGACACAUGUGUUUAAACAUCAAGCUUUAUGCUGCUUGAAUAUAAUAUUCAAUGUGUCCCAAGAAGAGACUUACAUCUAAGGCUAGCAGCUAACCGAUAACACUAGAUAUAUCUUUUACCUUGCUAGACAUGUUAUCUGUAUGAACAUAGGUUCUAUAUAUUCUUAAAUGUAAAUUAUUGAUGAAAAUGGGGUAAACCUCUAGAUUAAGUAGCUAUAGGAAGUAGUUAUUGUAGUUAUAGUUAUUUCAAAAUGUAUUUUAAAAAAAUUGUCACAAAAUUAACUACAAAAAUAUCAACUUUUGAUGAAAUGCAGAUCACCCAGAUUCGAUAACAGAAAUGUAGAUUUUUCCUUUUACAUUUUCACACAUUAUCUAUUUUAUUGUAAACUAAGUUUAGUGUCACCCACACUGUUUUUCUUUCAAUAAAUGUCUCGCACACAGAAUUAAACUUUGAAAGCCUUUCUACAUUCUGAUCAUAAUCAGAAUAUUUGUGGCAUAUUUAACAACUUGUUCUUUAAUAUUUCAAUGCAUUUUCUAUAUGUUUAUUAAGUAAGAACAUAAUUUGAGGCCUACUGAAGUUAAUGGAGGAAAGAAUGAAAUGUUAAUCAACCAUACACUGCUGCAAUCAGCCACAUGAACCACAUAUUUUUAGGACCCAUUUGAAAACUCUGUCUCCCCACCUUUAUUUAGCUAAUUCAAGACAUAAUAGCUGGAAUGCUUGCGAUUUUGACAAAGGUUGACUUUUGUAUACUUGACAUAUGGGCCACAGCGUUACCAUACCAACAAUGAAUUUGGAACAAAUAGUACACAGUGAUCCUGAUGUUGAAACAUGUUUGCAUUGCUGUACCAUGAGACUAGAAUGUAUUACCAGUUUGCAUUGGUUUAUUAAAUUAUGAUUACAUUUGGUAUGUCAAAAUAUAAAACUUACCACUGGUAGAAAUAUUCUUCCAGUGGUUUACUGUAUACCAUUGCAGCUGUCAUUGUACUGUUUGCCUCUUAGUAAGAAAAGUUCUUAAUGAAAUAUCCAGUGUCACAGUCUCCCAGUUUAACAAUAAAAGGUGGAUGCUAUUUUGAAAUAUAUUAUGAACGUACACUAAUGUAACUGAUCGUCAGCAUUUUUUAUCUUCAAAGUGAAUUAAUUAGUCUUGAAUACAUUUCUCAUGACAAGGUAUUGAACCGCUGACUAAACAUCUAACACAAUUUACCUGUACAGCUAAGCUGGCUGUAUUAAGAUUUACUCACAAUUCAGUCAUAUUGUUUAGCCAUAAAUCUCUUCAGGAGACAUCUAACAAUAAACUGACUGCACUUUGCUGUCAGCUGUUACAAUAUGCAACAAGAAUGCGAACAAUGAAUGAAAUUAAUUUCAAAGAUUAAUGGAUAUAGAUUUCAGAGAUGUAAGAUUUACAGUAAGCCAUUGUACAAACUUGCCUUUAUUACUUUAGUGAGUUAAUAGACUUUAGAUUUUUGUUAUCAAUAGCUGGGUUUUACCAUAUGCAGCUGAACUUUUGUAGUGUUUUGAAACUGAUGUUUGUUUGUUUUAUUUUUUAGUUGUAUAGGAUAGGUUGUUUAAUGUCGCUUUUACUUGAUUAAAAUUCUGUAUUUGAUUUUUUGAUAUUCAGCCCCAUUCAGAGCUCCAGAUACAAUCCCACAGUUUUGUUUUAACAGUCGUUACUAUAUCAUGAACAUACUUCAGAGAACACUUCAGAUAAUUACAUGCAUUUUGAGUGAGGUUUAAUUUUGGAAUAUAAUCAACUAAACUCUCAUGACUUUUUAACUGAUCUACAGCAAAUAUAGACUAAAGUGUUCUUAAGAUUAAUUGAUAUGAAUAUUUUGGUCCUUUGUUUCAAAAUGGUUUCUUUCAGACAAAAAAAAAAAAAAUGUAAUACAAUCGGAAUUAAUUGUA